CGCCUCUUGGUUUCUUCCCCUUCCCACCCCUUUCUACCCUCUUUGUUACCACGUACUUGGUUCCCCUGUGAUACCCUCACCCUUGAUAACCCCCGCCGGUUUAUAAAAACAACAUCCUCCUUCUCUGUAUAUCCCCCCUCACGGCCCCCUCGCCCUCCACGCGCCCGCGCGAAACCCGAAAUAAACGCAGCCAUGCCCGUCGAGCAGCAGCAGAUGCCUCAGGAGCCGGCCCCGACCGCCGCCGCCGUCGCUCUCCCGACCCCGGAAUCCCGGAUUAGCUCCGAGCAACCGCGUCCCACCGAGCCCAUGAAGGCCGACGACUCGAUGCGCCUGCGCGGCGGCGGCGACGGCGAGGUGAGUCUCUUCCCUUUCGACUUGCACCCCCCUCCCGCUCCGACCGCGCCGCGAAAACGAAACGCCCGUACACAAACAACCGAAAGAAGAAAACCCCUUUUCGUCGCGACACGCUGCAAAAAAGAGAGACAACUGACAGUUUUCUUGUGAAACUUUGAACAGGCCGUCUGCUGUGGCCUGUGCGCGGGCCUGUGCUGCUUCGAGUGCCUCGAGUGCUGCUGCUGAGCGAGCGCGUGCGAGACUCCCGACUGAAGACGACGAUCGAUGGCGGCAACGACGACGACGACGACGACGAGAAGGAGCUGUGCCUCUGUG